AUGGAUAAAUUUGCCUCUCUGAGUCCUGAUAUGUUGAAAAAAGAUAACCUUAUCGUCAGAAUUAGAGGCCAUUACUUCCCAUGGGAUGCAGCUGCACCUAUUUAUGGAGCUCUUGAUGAGGUGCUUUUGAUAUUUGUUAAUGGUCAUAUCAUUUGUUUACUCUUGACUCUUCUGCCUUCAGUUUUGGUGGAAACAUUGGACAAGUGCUUCAAAAAUGUAUGCGAGCUUGACAUAAUGUUCAAUUAUAGCAAGUUGCAUACUAUUUUGGAUGAGAUCAUUUUUGGCGGUCAAGUGCUAGAAACAAGUUCUGCAGAAGUUAUGAAGGCUGUUGAAGAAAUAUCAAAGUUGGAAACAGCCUCAAAUACUAUCAUACUUGUCCCUAAGUCCAUUUCUGGUUGGCGAAGUUGAUAGCAUGUGAGUUUAAGAGACCUCGAUGUGAUUGUCCCAGCAUUACACAUUGAAAAUAAAUUCGAACGGGGAUAAUUGAUUGUUAUACUGCUGUAAGCAUGAAUAGAAGUCAUUGGAUGCUCUAGUGACGUUGGACUUGUUUUUCAUUACCUUAGAUAAGUUGAUGGCUCAUAGAUGUGCACUAUGGGUAGU